CCAUCAUUCUCAGGAUCGGAACCAGGCCACCCCAGCAGCGACGUGAUUGCGCUUGUCGGGCCAGCCGCGCUCACCCCUGCAACCCAACGACCCAUGCCGUAAGCCAAGCCACCGCCCCUUUCAAAUCCCUCCCUCUCAGGUUCGUUGUUCGUUCUCGAAAUUGCCCGCAGUUCUGGCUCAACUCCAAAAUUCCAUCAUCACAAAGAACAAGAAAAUUCAAGGUACCAAAGGCUUUUUUGUCGCGGGACCCCACGAGGCAGACCACGAUGCUCGCUGCCUUCCGUCUCGGGACGGGCCUAUGGGAUCCAUCUCAUCGUUUCGAAACCUCCUGGCUCUUGUCUCCCUAUCAGCUGGGCGCUUGUCGCGCGCUCAUUAGUCUCUACAUCUUUGUCGUCCGCUUCUUCGUCAUCGGUUGGACGUGUUCUCGCCCCGAGUAUGGCGGCUGCAAGGCCGUCGGCCAGAGCUUCUCCUACUUCACCGUCCUGACCUACUGGGGCCUGGGGUUCUACUUCCUCAUCUCGGCCAUCCACACUCUCACCUACGCCCGCUCUGGCAGCCCGCUGCUCGAACGCUUCCCGCGUCCUCUGCAGGCACUGCACGCCUUCUACUACACCACUGUCACCACCUACCCGUUUAUCGUCACCGUCGUGUACUGGGCCAUCAUCUACCAGGCGCCGUGGUACGCCGACGAGUUCAGCGCCUGGAGUAACAUCUCCCAGCACGGCCUCAACUCGGCCUUCGCCCUGUUCGAGAUCGUAAUCCCGCGCACCGCCGCCGCCCAGCUUGAGUGGCCGCACCUGCUCUGGCUCGUCAUUGUCCUGGCGCUCUACCUCGCCCUCGCCUACGUGACGUACUACACCCAGGGCUUCUACACGUACAGCUUUCUCGACAUCCAGAAUCAUGGCAGCGGCACUGUGGUCGUCUACAUCGUGGGCAUCGCCAUCGCCGGCAUCGUCUUAUACCUCCUCGUUAAAGGCCUCAUCUGGCUGAGGAUGUGGGUGACGGAGAAGAAGCUGGGCAUGGACGGUAAGUUUGCCAAGCAGCACUUUAUCAGCCACGAUACCGAGCUGGGUACCAUCAACUCCAAGAACUGAGGUGAAUGGGAAAUUGGGAUGCUUUUUGAACAAGGAGAAUCUAAACCACCAACCUGCACGAUGCAUAUAUAUAUAUAUAUAUAUAUAUAUUGUGAAAGCGUAUGACGACUGCGGAGGGUUGCUGGUUGACGGUGAAGGACUAGGAGCGGGCACCGCGCCCUUAAUUAUACCCCCAGGGA